GCCUGUCUUUGCAAAAACACAAAUUAAAAGACAACUUUUUUCAAGAAUCUGUAUGCUGUUGUGUCGCAAAGUGCGGGGGAGUUUGGUCAGCGGUAAGGACCCCAGUUUCGGAUGAAAAGCGGGCAGUUCCGAGGCUCCACUCUCCCACUUUCGCUUCCGCCGCAUACAUAAAAAGCGCGAGCGGAAUGAGAGAUCGUCAUCACCUCCAUUUCUCUCCCUUUUUUUCUGCUGAAAUGGCAUCACCUCGCAGCCCGAUUACGUGCCACGUCCUCGACUCUUCUUGCGGCAAGCCCGGCCGCAACGUGCCCGUCAAGCUCGAGAAGCUCAAUACCUCGGCCAACAACGCCUGGGCCUCAGUUGCCUAUGGACUGACAGAUUCGGAUGGCCGUGUGAGCACUCUGCUGGAUCCAGCACACCAACUCGCCGCGGGGAUUUAUCGUAUGACCUUCCAGACGGCCGAGUACUGGGCCGCUCAGGGUGUUACGGGAUACUUUUAUCCCUAUGUUCAGAUCAUUUUCGAGGUCGCCGCCGGAGCCGAGAAGCAGCAUUACCAUAUCCCAUUGCUGCUCAGUCCGUACUCGUACACGACCUACCGCGGAUCAUAGAAACUUCUUCUUCGUCGUCGAUUUGUAAUAUUUUUCUCUACAAUAGAAAGAUAAAUAAAAGAUAAAACUCCCCAAGCUGAUUUUGAACUUCAAAAAGGAGUCGCACUCCACAGUGGUC